AUGGCUACAUCUACGGUAACGAGAUAUCAUCAGGGUAAUGAGCGAUCAUCAUCCCAUCCAUGUAAUUCACGUCCAGAUGUGGUUCAAUCGUCCUUGACCACCACAUGUCCUCCAAGCAGUUUUCCUGACAAAUUUCAAGAUUUUUUUGCGACAUUAAACGAAGACACCGAUGAUUUAUCCACCAUGCUGGAAGAUAAACUUAUCCCUAGGAAAACGGAUAAUAGCGAGAUAAAAGGCGGCAGUAGAAGAUGGGCCAAACGUACAUUCCAACGACGUAGCAGUGAAAUAGAGGUCCGGUUACACCGAACAUCAGUUUCUACAAAUGGACAACCGGAUAAAAUGGGUAUUGAAGCUGGUCCCAAGUCGCCAACUCCUUCUCGUAGACGAAGUUCUAGUAUUGCGGUAGCCCGUCCAACGCCAGAUUUACACAGAUUUCUGCAGACAGAAGCUGGUCCCUGGGGUCAUUUAUCCCCAUCACCACGCAGCCCAACACGCCCGACAAGUGCACUAAGUCCUGGUGCAACGUCAUCGACAUCUCAACAUCUCAGUUCAAGUCCUACAAGUCCCGCCGGGCCGGGAACCAUUUCAAGAACUCAACGACCUGAUCGACAACAGCACCGUGGGAGGACAAGCAGCAUGCCAGCAGUUCCACGCCGGCCUAUGCUAGCGGAAACUAAACGAGCUGGAAUUGCCGGAUGUGAAGACAGUGAAGUCGAAGAUGGGGUGGAGUACUACCGACUAAGAUCUUUCUCUAUAACAGCAAACGGUGUGUUCAAUCUUGGUGACUCUCUUAAAAGCCGUCGUAGUCGGAGUAUCAACAGCGUCACGUCUUCUGGAACGAGCUGUAGCAGCACUAGAGAUGCUCGACUACUCAGUUCAGCAUCACAGCACUCGUGUAUUGAGAGCGAGGAUGCUGAGAACUCAGGACGAGUGGCCACUUACAAAGUAGGGAUGCUUGGCGCCGCAGGAGUUGGCAAGACAGCCCUUACUGUUCAAUUUACUACCAGUGAAUACAUUUGCGCCUACGACGCUUCUUUAGACGACGAGUAUGGACAAAAAAGCGUGUCGGUAAUGAUUGACGGCCAAGAAGCUGAGUUAGAGAUUGUUGACCAUCCGACAUCUGAAAUGGCUGUUGAAAGCUUUUGCGCAACGUAUAACCCAGACGUCUACGUCGUAGUGUACUCAGUGGUGGAUCGACAGAGCUUCAAAGUAGCUGAAGAAAUUCUUCUUUAUUUGUGGAAAAGUGACUACAUGACCACCCACGGUGUUAUUCUUGUUGGUAACAAGGUCGACCUCGAAAGAAAGCGCGAGGUGUCGGCUCUUGUUGGGAGAAGACUCGCCAAUAGCUGCGGUUGCAAGUUCAUCGAAACGUCUUCCGGACUCGCUCAUCAUGUUGAUGAAUUGCUCGUUGGAAUAUUGGCCCAAAUCAAAUUGAAUCCACAGCGAAAUCGAGAUCAAGUAACUAGACGCAGAAGAAGUAAACAUCGAAGGAGGAUUCUCAAACAUCUAUUAGGUUUUAAAAGAAAAACUAAAAGUUGCGAAAAUUUGUUUACUUUAUGA